GCGCACCCUCCCGCAAGAAAGAAAAGGAAGGGGAAGAAACAAAAAAGAGUGAAAUUAGCAAGAGGAAGAGCGAAAGAGCGCCCGUGCCUUCCUCCACACCUGUAGGGUUUCCGGAUCGGAGGAGCCCAAGCCGCCGCAGCCAUGGUUCGCGGAUCGCUCGGCAAGUUGGCCUCCCGCGCCCUCUCCGUCGCCGGCAAAUGGCAGCACCAGCAGCUCCGCCGCCUCAACAUCCACGAGUACCAGGGUGCGGAGUUGAUGGGGAAGUACGGGAUCAACGUGCCCAAGGGUGCGGUGGUGGGGUCAGUCCAGGAGGUGAAAGAAGUUCUGAACAAGGUCUUCCCCAGCGAGAAAGAGGGCUAUCUCCAAACUUUAUUACUGCGACGGAAUAUUCUAUUUUUCUCAAGCAAUGGACCAAGGAGUCGAGGUGGUCUUCAGAUGGUUUGGGCAAUUGGGCCAGGCAGUGCACUCCCAGUAUUAAUUCAAUUGUGUUUAAAGAUGACACCACUGCAGAUAGUUGUUAAAAGCCAAAUCCUUGCUGGUGGCCGUGGAUUGGGAACUUUUAAAAGUGGACUGCAGGGUGGCGUUCAUAUUGUCAAGGCCGAGGAAGCUGAAGGCCUUGCCGCUAAAAUGCUUAACCAGAUUCUCGUAACAAAACAAACUGGUCCGCAGGGGAAGGUUGUGGGCAAGGUCUACUUAUGUGAGAAAAUGUCGCUUGUUAAUGAGAUGUACUUCGCUAUCACCCUUGAUAGAAAGACCGCUGGUCCGCUCAUUAUAGCUUGCAGCAAGGGAGGAACCAGCAUUGAAGAUCUUGCAGAGAAGUAUCCUGAUAUGAUAAUUAAGGUUCCUAUUGAUGUAUUCAAGGGAAUCACAGAUGAAGAUGCAGGUAAAGUUGUUGAUGGUCUGGCACCAAAGACAGCUGACAGGCAAGCUUCUAUAGAACAGAUUAAGAAGCUAUAUGAACUUUUCUGCAAGAGCGACUGUACAAUGCUGGAGAUAAAUCCUCUGGCUGAGACAGCUGACAAAAAGCUAGUUGCAGCUGAUGCGAAGUUGAACUUUGAUGAUAAUGCUGCAUUUAGGCAGAAAGAAAUAUUUGCGCUGCGUGAUACAACACAGGAAGACCCCAGAGAGGUGGCUGCCGCUAAAGCAGAUUUGAACUAUAUUGGGCUUGAUGGAGAGAUUGGUUGCAUGGUGAAUGGUGCAGGAUUGGCAAUGGCUACAAUGGAUAUUAUUAAGUUGCAUGGUGGUACACCUGCCAAUUUUCUUGAUGUUGGUGGGAGUGCAUCGGAGGGACAGGUCGUGGAAGCAUUUAAGAUAUUGACUUCAGAUGAUAGAGUGAAGGCUAUUCUAGUCAACAUUUUUGGGGGUAUCAUGAAAUGUGAUGUGAUAGCAAGUGGAAUAGUAAAUGCAGCAAAACAGGUUGACCUUAAGGUGCCUGUUGUUGUUCGGCUAGAAGGCACCAAUGUAGACCAAGGGAAGAGGAUUCUUAAGGAGAGUGGAAUGGCAUUGAUCACUGCAGAGGAUCUUGAUGACGCUGCCGAGAAAGCUGUAAAAGCAUAUAUCAAAUGAUCCAACGAUUUGUAGCAUAUCAGUCUGAAUUUUUAAUCUCACUGGUACUAAGAUGAGCAGUGCUCUUACAGAUUUCGGGUCCCGGAAUCUUACUGCAAUUUUUUUUGUAAGUGGAAUGAUUCCACUUGAGUUUCCUUGAAACUUGUGAUCUUGUGUUAAUAAAUCUAUGUGGGCACAAAAUUGAGCAGCCACUGUUUUGUCAAGUUAAAUUAGGUUUUACUUGUUUUGCCCCAACCCACCAGUAUAUCCUGAGACUUCAAUUACUGCAACUUGUAUCUUUGCGAAGCAUCCUCUAAUCUUCUAAAACGGGAUUAUUGAA